CUCCUUGUCCCCUCCCUCCUUGUCCCCUCCCUCCAGACCCCUCAAACGACACGUCCGAAGCCUUGCCACCAGCCGGGCGCGCCUUGCGCGCCUUGCGCGCGCCAGCGCUGCGCGAGGCUCUCCCUACGAGCAGCAGACCUUUGCCUCGCGCACGGAGUGGCGAGUCCGGGCCAUCAGCGCGUCCUCGUUGCACCUGCGGACCAACCACCUGUAUGUCAACAGCGAGGACAUCCGGGAGACAGGUUACACGUACGUCAUGCCCAAGAACAUCCUGAAGACCUUCAUUUGCAUCAGUGACCUGCGGACGCAGGUCGCCGCGUAUCUCUACGGCAUCUCGCCGCCGGAUAACCCGCAGGUGAAGGAGAUUCGGUGCAUGGUGAUGGUGCCCCAGGUCGGCACACACAGCAACGUGACGCUGCCGCAGCAGUUGCCGGACCACGACCACCUGAGGGACCUGGAGCCGCUAGGGUGGAUCCACACGCAGCCGCAAGAGCAGCCGCACCUGAGCCCGCAGGACGUGACGUUCCACGCGCGGAUGCUGGCGGACAACAAGACUUGGCUGGCUGAUCAGACGAUCAUCAUCACCUGCAGCUUCACGCCAGGAAGCUGCUCGCUGACGGCCUACCGCAUCACGCCCCAGGGCUUCCAGUGGGGCAAGUCCAACAAGGACACGGGCCCGAACCCGGCGGGUUUCCUGCCCACGCACGCGGAGAAGGUGCAGAUGCUGCUGAGUGACAUCUUCUUGGGCUUCUUCAUGGUGCCGGACAACGGCAUCUGGAACUUCAACUUCAUGGGACAGAAGCACAACCCCACCAUGAAGUACAGUCUUUGCGUGGAGAACCCGCGGGAGUACUACCAUGAGUGCCACAGGCGGUUUCGAGGG